AGUUAAUCGACUAGCGCGUUGAUGUUCUCUCGUAACUUUUAAGCGGUUACGACUGAACAAACGAAUGUUCUUUCUCGAUACUUUUAACGGGGAAUUGGUCGCGAGAGAAUUCGACAGGCACUGGUUGCAACACGAACGAAGCUUCAACCUUCAUCGAUCGAUUUGACUGAUUUUUGAGAUCCAGUCACCGAAAACUUCCAUCAUUCCGUCAAAAACCGAGUGCCGACCCGCAGGGUGGCGAUCAUUUGAUAAGCGUAGCAUAGAUUAAACACGGUAUUUCCAUGCCCCCAAUGAAGACUUGAUCUCUGAGUGGCGUAUGCAUUACCCCUCCAUGCUCAAUUGGAUCUCUGUGAACCAUGUAUUUCUUGGCCGUCAGAUAAGCUUUGUUCCAUGAAGUAGACUUGGUACCACGCAAAGGCUGCCUGAUAGUACUUAUCUUUCUCGUAUAAAUAGUGGCCCAAAUAGUUACUUCAGGGUUCUAUCUGCAAUAGGCUGGUAGGCCAGUCUAUUGGUGGGUGCGUAGAUAACUGCGGCAACUGGAAGUUGGCCCUGAACGCAGAGCCCCCGUGGCUUUGCUAGCACCCCCAUAGUGAUCUUGUCUUAACCCGCUUCCUCACGACUCACCCAAUUCUCAUUGACAGCUGCCUCUUUGCUGCCUAGCGCCUACAGAGUAUCUUCUAAAAAUUUACAAAAUAGUCAAUAUGAAGGUAUCAAAUUUGGACGAACGUAUUCAUGUUUUGGACAGUGCGUCAAAUGUUAUGACUGUCAUCAAAGAUAUUGCAUUAAGUGGAUUACAAGAAGAAGCUUUUUAUGUACUUGAUAUUGGAGAUAUUGUUCGUAAACAUCAAAUAUGGAAAGAAAAAAUGCCGCGCGUCAGUCCGUAUUAUGCUGUAAAAUGUAACGAUAAUUUAAUUGUAAUUGAAGUACUGGCUGCUCUUGGUAUUGGUUUUGAUUGUGCAUCUAAAACGGAGAUUAAUAAAGUACUAAGUGUUGGAGUAGACCCGUCGAGAAUUAUUUUCGCCAAUCCAGCUAAGCCAGCAUCACAUAUUCGUCAUGCUGCUGUUGUUGGAGUAGAUGCUAUGACAGCAGAUAAUGAAAGCGAGUUACAUAAAAUUAAAAAGUUUCAUCCAGAUGCCAAGGUUGUUAUUAGAAUCCGUUGCGAUGCAGAAGUUGCUCAGUGUCAGUUAGGCAUGAAAUUUGGUUGUGAUCCUAUAUAUGAAGCCCCCAAUCUUUUGCGUCUUUCGCGUGUAUUGGGACUUAAUGUCAUCGGUAUUAGUUUUCAUGUUGGAUCUGGUUGCCAGGAUCCACCUGUCUUCUAUCGUGCUAUACACCAUUCUAAGAUAUUAUUUGACUUAGCAACAGAUCUUGGUUUCAAGCCAUAUCUAUUAGAUAUUGGAGGUGGUUAUCCUGGUAAUAAAGGUUCCAGCAUUGAUAAAAUUGCCGAUGUUGUUAAUACAGCUCUCGACGAGUACUUUAGCACUGAUGCUGUUCACGUUAUUGCUGAACCUGGUCGUUUUUAUGUUGCUUCAGCAUUUACACUCGCAACUAGCAUUCAUAGUAAGCGUUCAAUUCGUGGCGAUGAAAAUUCACCGAAUAUAAUUACGCACAAUAUGUACUAUAUUAAUGAUGGUGUUUAUGGCUCCUUCAAUUGUCUACUUUACGAUCAUCAACACGUGACUCCAUUACCUCUAAAAAAAGGUUGUGGAAAAAUGAUUCCCUCAAGCAUCUGGGGACCAACUUGUGACGGUUUGGAUCAAGUUGUGGAAAAUGUUUUGUUACACGAAAUGGAUCUUGGUGAUUGGAUCAUUUUUGAAAAUAUGGGAGCAUAUACGUUACCGGUUGCGUCCCAAUUUAACGGAUUUCCUGUACCUAAAGUUCACAUUGUCGCAGAUAAAAGCAUUUGGAUUUUGUUAAAAGAUGCUUUACCCUUGACCGAAGACCAUUUUGUUAUUGGUAAUACUCCGGCUAAUUUACGACUUGGUCUUGAUAUCGGUGGGACUGAUACCAAUGCAUGGCGCAAUCCAAACAUUCAACUGACACCGACUGAAGUCUUAGACGUUACUAAUUCGCCAUCAUCAUAUAUUUAUGAUUAUGUUGAAGUUGAUCUUUAAAUUAAUACGGAUGCAUUAUGAUAACAACAACAAACUACUUGACAUUUGUAGUGAGA